AUGAGCGGCGACCAGCUGAGGGUGGACACUAUGGGUCGGGCUAUGGCAUUGGUCAGGACUAUGUCCUUUGGGUUCAAGGAAGCUGAUGGGGAUGUAUUUAAAGAGGACCAAUGGGUUCGGUUCAAUGAUGUGGACGAGUUGGUGGGGGGUCGGGCCGAUACUCAAAUAGCGUACAUUGUGAUCUACAAGAAGGAUAAGGUGCCGGAUGGGUCCAUAGAAGAGAUCGUCGAUGAGGAGAUGGAGAUGGAAUCCAAUCCCGAGAAGAAGACGGCCAAAAAGUGA